AUGUUCGGGAUCGUGACGGUGCAGACCUACAUCUACUUCUCCACCUCAGGCUUUCGUAAUUAUAAUGACCUGCAUAUCUUAAAGUGGUUUAAUUCGCUGUGGUCCACCAAAGAGCCCUGUAAACUGGUCCUCUUGAACCUCAUUCCGCCAUUCUUCAGUGGCUGUUGA